CAUAGAGAUCUUUAAAUUUACGCAUGCUUGUCGCAAUGUUGUGAAGUUAAAACGUCUUUCCAUCACGCGACUUUCAUCAUUUCGAUUACGUCUUACUCCGAAGGACAGUGAUGAUAUGAGUUUGUGACGCACCUAGGCCGCAAACAAUCAGCAUUGAAUAUGGACGAGUCUACCCAGGAAGCAUUGCAGCGUCUUCUGAUCCGAGCCCAAGGACUUCUGGCCAGAGCUCAGAUCCUGCAGGCCAAAGAAGCUGGCAUCUCAGGCAUCGGAAAGCUCAUCAAGAAAGUCCAGUCGGAGCUCACAUUUGUCAAAUCGCUCAAGGACGGCACUAUCGCCCUGAAAGAGAACCAGCUUAAAAGCACCAACCUGAGCCACCUGGAGGGGAUCAUCCACAGCAUCGAAUCAUUCGGUCACGUCAUCAGCGUCCUGCAUCCCUUCCAUUUUGAGGGUUGUCAUGGUAAUGAGAACACCGUCAUUGUUGAUGUCGUAGGUCACGGUGGGGCAUCGUGGGUAAAGAUUACAGCACGCAAGGCCAAGGCUCUGCACAGAAUAUGGGAAGGAGAGGGUGAAUACGGGGAACAUGACAUCGUUGAGCAAGCUGAGCAGUAUCUCCAAGCUAGCCACCAGCAUCCACUCAACUACAACCCUCCGACGGUCAACGUCGUCUUCUAUGGAGGGGUGACCAAAGCCAUAGUGGACGAUCUAGAUGAGCUUGGCAUCCGGUCACAUGGUCACGUCUUCGCAAGUAUUGGAGAGAGUGAGAAUUAUCCCCUUCAGCUUCCAACGAUAGCGACCCCCGAAGUUCCCACCAACGCCUCUCUCUUGGGCAACGGCGAGCGCCCCAAAGUGAAUUUGGAUGUGACAACUCUAGUGGCACUGGUGUCAGACCUGACCCACGGAGGCUGCUGGCAUGCCUUCCAAGAACCCCUCAUUCAGGAACUCGCCGAUCAGGAAAGAGACCGCCCUCUAGUGACAGAGGUAGAACAGUUCCUUAAAGAUAAGGACCUUUACGCUUGCCAGACAGCGAUAACCGACUUCAGAAAUAUACUUCAUACCAUCGCCGGACCACGAGAGAAGGAACGAGCCCAGGCGUUGCUUGAGAGGAUCAGCGUUAUUGACGAUGAACCGACUGAACGGGCUGCAGUUAUGGAAGAGAGCCACAGAAUAAAGCACCGAGCUAAGGUGAUCUUUGGGACUGGUGACAAAAUUAAGGCUGUUACAAUAACAGCAAAUGUUGGCUUUGUGCGAGCAGCUAUUAACAGAGGCGUCACCUUUGCCGUUCAUAUACACCAGUCAAGAGCGCUGACCGAAAAGAAACAAAACAGCGCCCUCAUUGGCAAGGCAAACUCGCAACCCCCUACAGAAGAUGCAGUAUGCGAUAAGUUAUCAGCUCAGCUCACCGAGCAAGAGAGUAUACGAUCCGAAUGCGGUACCGAAGACGGCGCAGGUGCCCCGCCCUAUGCCCCACCCGUCGUUUCAUCGUUACAGUCGCGGGCAGAGAGUAUAUCUACAUGAGCCCCUAAGUAUUUCAAGCAAUAACAAACAACAUUUGAUUCUAGUUGAGAUAUAUUUAGAGCAUGUUGAAUUUAACUUUUAUUUAAAAGUAAACACAGGGUUUUGUUUGCUUUGAUAAGAAAUCAUUUAGAUUUUGCUGUUGGGGCCCAAGUUCUAAACAUCAAUGUCAUUUUAGUCAAUGUCUUUUGUUAAAAAGCGGCUCGUUUUGAAUGGGCCUUUAAUUUACUGAAUUCGCCUGUGGUAUGAAAAGGUUUUAAGCACAAAGGUUACCAAUUCAUUUGGAAGUAGCGGAUUACCAGCUAGAAAUGCUGCAUGUUUUCUGUUGUUUGUGGCUAGUGCCCCUCGCAUGUUUCUUUAAUCAAAUGUAAGCCAAAAUAUGAAAUAAAUCUUUUACUAUGAUUGUUGUAAGAAAUGGUUAAAGCGACAACAAAAAUGAAGAAAGUAAUUUUAAUUUCUUAAAGAAAUCGUUGGAAACUUUCUUUCAAGUCUCGUUUUGCAUCUCAUUAUUUCUAGCCUUGAUUUUGCGCCUUAAAAAUGUUUCUGUGUUUAUUUGUUUGUCUUGCUUAAACAAUGGAAACAUUGGAAAAGUUGACUAUAUAAAUAUUUACUUAUUUACACAGUUUACAUGUUACAUGUAUAGUCAAACCUUGUUAUAAAGAGCACCGUUAUAUAAGUCUGCCUAUAAAGAGUACAUUAUUCAAAGGCAAUGGACACUAUUGGUAAUUAUUCAAAAUAAUCAUUAGCAUAAAACCUUACUUGGUAAAGAGUAAU